AUGGGUGCAAACCAGUCGAAUAUGCCCCCCGGGGCCGGCGGUGAUGGCAAGGACAAGAAAGAUAAGAAAGACAAGCCGAAGUAUGAGCCUCCACCACAACCCACCACUCGCAUCGGCCGGAAGAAACGCAGGGCAGCCGGUCCCAAUGCUGCUGCGAAGCUGCCGACCGUGUAUCCAUCUGCAAGAUGCAAGCUGAAGUACCUCCGAAUGCAACGAGUCCACGAUCAUCUCCUGCUAGAAGAGGAAUACGUAGAGAAUCAAGAGAGAUUACGAAAGGGAAAGGCCGCCACCUCGCAGCAGCCCUCCAGUGCGGGAGGCGAUUCGGACGCCAUCGAUCGCAAUGCGGACGAGCGCUCUCGAGUGGACGAUAUGCGCGGCAGCCCGAUGGGUGUCGGGAACUUGGAAGAGUUGAUCGAUGACGAUCAUGCCAUCGUUUCGAGUGCGACCGGGCCGGAAUACUACGUUUCGAUCAUGUCGUUCGUGGACAAGGACUUGCUGGAACCUGGGGCGAGCAUUCUUCUUCAUCACAAAUCCGUGUCGGUCGUCGGCGUCUUGACGGACGAUGCUGACCCGCUGGUCUCGGUGAUGAAACUCGACAAAGCGCCGACGGAGUCGUAUGCCGACAUUGGAGGCCUGGAAUCACAGAUACAGGAAGUCCGCGAGGCGGUGGAACUGCCUUUGCUUCAUCCGGAGCUGUAUGAAGAGAUGGGUAUCAAACCACCGAAGGGCGUGAUCCUCUACGGUGCUCCAGGAACCGGAAAAACACUGCUGGCGAAGGCGGUUGCUAACCAAACGAGCGCCACCUUCCUUCGCAUCGUCGGUAGCGAACUGAUUCAGAAGUACUUGGGGGAUGGACCUCGUCUGGUCCGCCAGCUCUUCCAGGUCGCCGCCGAGCAUUCCCCUGCGAUUGUUUUCAUCGACGAAAUCGAUGCCAUCGGCACGAAGCGGUACGAGUCGACCUCCGGCGGAGAGCGCGAGGUUCAGCGAACGAUGUUGGAACUUCUCAAUCAACUCGAUGGUUUCGAUGACCGUGGCGAUGUGAAGGUGAUCAUGGCCACGAACAAGAUUGAGACGCUCGAUCCCGCCCUGAUCCGUCCUGGUCGCAUUGACCGGAAGAUUCUAUUCGAGAAUCCCGAUCAAAACACCAAGAAAAAGAUCUUCACAUUGCACACGUCGAAGAUGUCACUGAGCACUGACGUCGAUCUCGAUGAGUUCAUCAACCAAAAAGACGAGCUGUCUGGCGCCGACAUCAAGGCGAUCUGUUCGGAAGCUGGCCUCAUGGCACUGCGCGAGCGACGAAUGCGCGUUCAAAUGGCCGAUUUCCGUUCCGCCAGGGAACGGGUCUUGAAAACGAAGAGCGAGGGCGAACCGGAAGGGUUGUAUUUGUAG